AUUUUAGUGCCAUUUAGGUAGAAUUUUUAGGUACAUUAAGACAUUUGUUCAUUUCCCGAAACAUGGUAAUGGUGACGCCAACAAAUGAUAUAUUCCAUAUUUGAGUCAUGAAAUAAAUCAAGGAUAUAAGAAGGAAAUAUUGAUAAAUACAGACCAAGGAAAGUGAUAAUGUGACGUAUGUUCUGUCAUACCUGAUCAAAGACUUUCAACGAAUAAGCAGAAGUUGAAUAAAAGUAACCAGUGUUUUCAAAGAGGACCAUUGUGACGUCAUAAUGUUUGGAACCUAUGACGUUCCACCUGGUGCACAGGUGCUUGGAAUGUUAUGUCCAUUGUUUCUGACCAUAUCUUUAGUUUUGAUUCUGGUUGGAAUAGGACUACCAUACUGGCUGAUCUUCGGGGGAACCUCUUACGGAAUUUUUCAGAUUUGCACGUCAUCAGUGACAUCGUGUUCUUUUUCAGUUACAGAGCUCUCUUCUUCCCACCCAGACAGCGUGACGUUCUGGAACAUCAUGAUCUCGUUGGCUGUGUUUGGGGGACUCUUUAUGUUCCUUUCAGAAAUCUUGAUAUUUAUCUAUCCUUGUAAAAAAGUGAUAAGCCACAGUAAACUUGGUAUCGGGGCCGUGGCUUGCUUCUUUUGCAUUGUGGGAGCGACAUUAAUCUUGGCAGUGGUUGGUUUAAUGAUUGGUGCAGCGAGUGUUUCCGUCACUGACGUCACUCACGUUUCCUUGGCAACCACAGACUAUCUUGGCUGGUGUUUAUACGUCUCUGGUUCCGGGGCAAUCCUUGCUUUGUUUACAGGGAUAUUGUUUGCAAUUCAUUUAUUCCUGGCUUGUUAUUACUGAGAGGAAAAGGUCGUGAAGAUGAAAAUAAGAGAGUUUAAUGCGUCUACCCUCACUUUAACCAGGUAGCACCUAUGGACUGAUACAACCUUGUUUGAGCAAUAAUUUAUUGCUCUUUAUAUUAAUCCUUUUUGAUGUUUUAUUCAUGCAAGCAUGUGCCAAAUAUUUAUUGUGCUUUUUAUUUUCAUAUUUAAAUUCUUUGUACUUGAAAGCUGAAUAUGUCUGUAAGUUGUGUGCUU